AUGGUUUUCCGACGUUGCGCGACGACGAGUCGCAGCCGUCGCAGGGAACGACAGCUGUCGCACAGUCUGCCAGUCGUCGCUUUGGCGGUGCUGGCCUUCGCGAUACGGCCGUUGGAAGGCGCAUCGAGCGGCGCCGGCUUUGCGAAUUCAUGGACGAGUCAACCGUUCCAGUACUCUCGCCUCCCUCGCCACAGACUAUCUAACGCCGCCUCGCUCCUCCCAUCCUCGUUACAGUCCGCCCCGACAUCAUCGCACAGCGCACCCGCUUCGUUUCUCCCAUCCACCCUCCCUUCCGCCUCCGCCGCCGCCAACACGCGCCGCGUCUCCGCCGCCCCCGCACUCCCCCAGCACCUUCCGCGUUUCCUCCACUCCGCGCAUUCUCCCCCAUUCCCCGCCUCCGCCCCCGUGUGGCGCAACCGCGUCACCCUCUCCCGCGUAGCUGCGCUUCCGCCCGCCGCCCCGUCCGCGGGGAGCAGGAGAGUAGAGCUGGAAUCAACGGCGAAGAUUAAGGCGACAACGACUCGGCCGAAAUCUGUGCCGUCCACUUUAAGCGCUGCUGACCGUACGAUGCUGCUGAGUCGGAUGAACAAUGCGCGAGCGUCUGUUUCAGCCACAGCCGUCCCACGCCCAUCCGCCGCGCUCCCGAACCUGACCUGGAGCGACACCCUGGCAGGCUCGGCGCAGGCCUGGGCAGCCGAAGAGGCAGGUUCGGUAUGCGCCGGGCCAGUGGACGCGUUUGGCAGCACUCUGUCCCUCUGGUCGCAGCAACCCGGGAGUCCCUAUGGUGUGAGCUGGUACGGGUUUGAGUCGGCUGCGGCCUCUCCUGCCGGCAACACUCCCUCUGACGCCAUUACUGCGUGGCUCUACGAGAAGGCCUUCUAUGAUCCCGCACGCAACCAGUGCAGCGACACGGACGACUGUGAGGACUACCGCCAGAUCGUCUGGCGAACCACCACUGCUGUGGGCUGCGGCAUGGUCACAUGCAGUGAGGCCAACGCACCCAUACCAACGUCUCUCUUCGUGCUCCUCUGCUACUUCGACCCUCCCGGAAACCUCCCCAACCAGCACCCCUGGCUUUCCCUCCCCUCCCCGCCUUCCUCUCCCCCUCCCCCUCCCGCCACCCCUCCCCCUCGCCCACCCCCGCCUGCUCCUCGCUCCGCCCCCACUCCAUCCCCCCCUCCCCUCCGCGCGCCUCCCCCCAAAGCCUCCUCACCUCCCCCUCCUCCCCCUGUGCGGAGUCCACCCUCACGCCUCCCCCCGCCCGCCGCUUCCCCCAGCCCUCCCCCUCCGCGCUCUUCCCCUUUGGGGGUGACCAGCGUGGGGGAAGGGGGGAGGGAGACGCUGCUGCAGGGGAUGAAUGGAGCGAGACUUGCAGUCCCCUCUGCCAGCCUGUCACCACUGACCUGGAGCGACGCCUUGGCCACGUCAGCACAGCAGUGGGCAGCCAAUCAGACAGCAUCCCUCUGCUCUGCCCCUCUAGACCCCUUCGGCACGGCUCUCUCUUUCUCCUCAGCCAUGCCUGUACCCGCUGCCACCCUACCCUCUCUGUUCGCCGCUGCAACCUCACCUCUGGUGGGGAAACGGACCAGCAAGGCGAAGGGCAGCAGUAAGGGUAGCAAAGGCAGCACAAAAGGCAGCACGAGUGGCAACACCAACAGCAGCAGCACAAGCAACAGCACAAGUGGCGGCAGUAGUGGCGGGAGCAGCGGCGGCAGCAGUGCGUAUGGUGUGAGCUGGUACGGGUUUGAGUCGGCUGCUGCCUCUCCUGCCGGCAGCACUCCCUCUGAAGCCCUCAGUGCAUGGCUGUACGAGAAGCAGAAUUACAACUCAGAUACUGACACGUGUGCACCAGGGGAGCUCUGCAGCAAUUACCGUCAGAUUGUGUGGAAAAUGGCUACAGCCGUGGGGCAACACAUUAUUCACCUCUCGCUUCUCCUUUUUCCCCGCCACUACCCCUGCCUCUCCCCUUACCUCUCCCUUCGCCCACAUCUGUCCCAAUACCCACCAUGGGUCAUUUCAGGGGGGAGGGCGGAGCUACUUGCGCUGAUAAACCGAGAGAGGGCGUCUGCCAGCCUGUCAGCGCUGACCUGGAGCGACGCCCUGGCCACGUCAGCGCAGCAGUGGGCGGCCAAUCAGACAGCAUCCCUCUGCUCAGCCUCUCCAGACGCCUUUGGCUCACUCCUCCCUCUAGCCGCUACCACCGUACCUGGUGCCGUGCCUGCCGCUGGACCUACAGCCGUGGCUCGGGGUGUGAGCUGGUACGGGUUUGAGUCGGCUGCUUCUGAACCUGUCGGCAGCACUCCCUCUGACGCCAUCACUGCAUGGCUCUACGAGAAACAGAACUAUGAUCUGUCCACCAAGACAUGCUCCCCUUUUGACUCGUGCGACAACUACCGUCAGAUCAUUGGCAUCACCACCACAGCCGUCGGAUGUGGCACGAUUUCCUGUCUCGAGUCCAAAGCACCCAUCCCCACCGCUCUGUACAUCCUCAUGUGCUACUUUGAUCCCCCUGGUUACACGUUAACCACCCGCCGCCGCUUCUAG